CUCUCCCCCUCCCACCACUCUCCUCUCCCUCCACCUCCAGCCGAUCUGCUAAACUCUCCCGGGCCGAGGCUGCCAGGGAGCGGGGGACUCAUCGCCAUCCAGCCGGGCAGGAGUGGAGCGGGCGCAGCGCUGACACCCGGCGCAGAGGGAGAGUAGUGGGAACAGAAGACUUUAGAAUUCUAGUAGGGAUCAUCCCGUCAAACUGCAUUCUCUAAGAAGCCGGCAGACAAUGACGACUCAAGAUGUGACAGUGAAAAAAGAGCAAUCUGAUGAAGAGAUUCAGCCGGUGAUCUGGCAAGAGAAUGCCAAAGAACCCAAGAAGAAGAAAUUGAAUGACGGGAAUGAAGAAAUUCCAGCUGAAAUUUGUGUUGUUAUCGGAGAUAAUAGAAACCAGCAGAACGUGGGGGGAGACUCACCAGACGCACACAACAUGAGUAUAAGCAGAGAACCCUCCUGGAGUGGCAGCAACCGGCAGAGGAACCUCUCCCCUCGGAUCAGCACUUCCUCUCCAGGCUCUUAUGAAUGUGGAAUUUGUAGGAAAAAGUACAAAUACUACAACUGCUUCCAGACUCAUGUCCGAGCGCAUAUGGACAAUGAAGCUGCUUCAGGUGAGGGAGCAUCGCAGGGAAACAAUUUUCGGUACACGUGUGACAUCUGUGGCAAAAAAUACAAAUAUUACAGCUGCUUCCAAGAACACAGAGAUUUGCAUGCAGUGGACGACACCUAUAUCCAAACGAUGGUUACGGCAGGGGACGUAAAAGAAGAGGACACAGAACCAUUUCAGAAACUUGGUCCAAAAACUGGCAAUUAUACGUGUGAAUUCUGCGGCAAACAGUAUAAAUAUUACACUCCGUACCAGGAGCAUGUAGCUCUGCAUGCACCGCUCAAGGGCGUCUUCAGCCAAGAAGUGGAGUCAAAAAUUCACAACAACUAUGAAGAAACGAACAGCAAUUCUCAACACUCGAGCUCAGGUUCCAGCAGGACUCACGCAGGAAUGUCCGACUCAGUGGGAGGGGGGAAUGUGACAAGCUGGCAGAAAGCAGACGCCGUCAGCCCUAUGAUUUCUAGUCCGUUCCCGUUGAUACAAAGUAAGGGAUGGAAGAAAAAAAUAAAAAGGACUGAUGAAACGGAUAACAAGACAUUAAAAGAAGACAAAAGUGGAAAAGCAGAAGAGCCCUAUACAUGUGGUGCUUGUGGUAUUCAGUUCCAGUUUUACAAUAAUCUUCUUGAACACAUGCAGUCCCACGCUGCUGACAAUGAAAACAACAUUGCUAAAAGUCAACCCAGAUCUUUACCCCCUGUGGAAGAAAACUGGAAACCUCAACCCCCCAAAAAUAAUACCAACAACACAACGGCGGUGGCACCUGUUAACAAUACACUACCUGAAAAGGAACGGCAACACAUUGCUGAGCGCUUGCUGAGGGUUAUGUGUGCUGACCUUGGAGCACUUAGCGUGGUUAAUGGCAAAGACUUCCUCAAACUAGCUCAAACACUAGUUGACACUGGAGCUCGCUAUGGAGCGUUCUCUGUAAAUGAGAUUCUGGGGAACAUGAAUACACUUGCUCUAAAGCAUUUACCUCGCAUGUACAACCAGGUCAAAGUGAAAGUUACAUGUGCCCUGGGCAGCAAUAUCUGCUUAGGGAUUGGAGUGACUUGUCACUCGCAAAGUGUUGGCUCUGACACCUGUUACAUACUCACAGCAUAUCAAGCAGAAGGUGUCCAAAUUAAACGAUAUGUCUUAGGAAUCAAAGAUGUGGAAAAUCGUGACAGUGGAGAAUUUAUCCAUCAGUGGGUGCAGAAUGUCCUCUCUGAGUUUGUUAUGUCAGAGAUUAGGACAGUGUAUGUUACAGACUGCAAGGUCAAUUCUUCUGCUUUUUCCAAGGUUGGAACCUGCUUGCGUUGUUCAGCCUGCUCCUUAAACUCAGUGGUACAAAGUGUUCUCAACAAGCGCACACUGCAAGCUCGGAAUAUGCAUGAGGUUAUUGAACUAUUGAAUGUCACAGAGGAGCUUGCUGGGUCAUCUGGUAUCUCAAAGGAGACAUUUGGUUCAUUAGAAGAAACCUCUCCCCCACCCUGUUGGAACUCUGUGACCGAUUCUCUCCUGCUUGUUCAUGAACGAUAUGAGCAAAUUUGUGAAUUCUACAGUCGUGCAAAAAAAAUGAAUAUCAUACAAAACCUAAACAAGCAUUUACUGAGCAAUUUGGCUGCCAUUCUAGCUCCAGUGAAGCAAGCUGUGAUAGAGCUUAGCAACGAGCAUAAACCUACUCUCCAGCUUGUGCUGCCAACUUAUGUUAAAUUGGAGAAGCUCUUCACUUCCAAAGCAAAUGAUGCAGGUGUGAUCAGCAAGCUCUGCCAUCUCUUUCUUGAAGCUUUGAAGGAAAAUUUUAAAGUUGAGUCUGCACAUAAAGUAGCUAUGAUUUUAGACCCUCAGCAGAAGCUAAGGCCUGUUCCACCUUACCAACAUGAAGAGAUUAUCGGCAAAGUCUGUGAAUUAAUCAAUGAAGUCAGAGAUGGUGCAGAUGAAGCAGAGUUUGAGGCACCUACUAAAAAAGCAAGACAAGCUGUAGAGACAAACAAAGUUCAGGAAGACGAUCGCAUGGGGAAAAAUGAAGUCUACGAAUAUUUGCAAGAGCCCCUUUUUCAGGUUACUCCAGACCUCUUCCAAUAUUGGUCUUCUGUUACCCAAAAACAUACAAAGCUAUCCAAACUUGCCUUCUGGCUUCUAGCUGUACCUGCUGUGGGAGCCAGGAGUGAAUGUGUAAAUAUGUGUGAACAGACAAUACUAAUCAAAAAAAGAAGACUUCUUAGCCCAGAAGACAUGAAUAAAGUCUUGUUUCUGAAAUCUAAUAUGCUUUAAAGAAACAUUUUGAAUAAAUCAUUUGUUUUAAUAAAUAAAACACUGUUCCAAAAAAAAAAGUUAUUCAAGCUCAAAACACUGUGGACCUCAAAAAAUGUCUAGGAACCAAGUGCUUUUUUUCUUUAUUUUAAUUUUUUUUUUUAAAACAAAAAGAAGAUACAAUAAAAAAGGGUUGAUGGAAUCUUGAACACACUGAAGCAUGUACAAAGAGCUUGUAGCUGUAUAGACUGAUCGUUAGGACGGUCGUCUUUCUUAUUACAGGCAGCUUACCUCCAAAGACACUUGAAGUCUUUGCUUCUCCUCACGAAUUCUCACAGUGGGCUCUUUGCUCCUUCCAAUAACUGUAAACAUUUCUGGGCAUUGGUGCAGCCUUAUUAACAUACAGUGUAUAUUAGUAAGGUAACAUUCACAAAAUGUAUCCAUAUAAAGGAAAAAUUCAGGAACCUAGAUGGAGUCUUCAUGGAACUGUAAAAAGGAAAAUAAUUUUAAUCAGAUAUUUUCAUUAAACUAUCUCCAUUCCCUUUUUGUUUAUUGUUUGGAAAACAAAUUAGGAACAAAAGUAGUGCAUUAUAAAGGGAAAUAUAUAUAAAUAUAUAUUCUUUUUUAAGAAUAUGAAGAUGUUCUCCUCUUUAAACUACUGUAUAUCACUUCUACUGUAUUUCCUGCCUAUGGUAGACUACCCUUACGAGUAUGUUACAUUUGUUGUCUCCAAUGAACAAUAAUACUUUUUUUUUCUAAUUUAUGAACAGUAUGGAAUGUAACCUUUUCCGAUUACAGAGGUGUGAUUGUGAAUGUAUGUGCACUUGCUCUACAACCCUCUCAGUUUAAAUCUAGUAGCACAAAUCUUUUUCUGCAAUAUUUUCACUCGAUCACGAGCUGUUCAAGCUUGCUACUUACUGGCCACACAACAGAAAAUGACAGAAAGUGAUGUGAGUUGGUUUGUUUUUAUUAUUAUUGCUUGUUUUAAGGGCUUUUAAUGAAUUAAUUAAUUAAUUUGUCUGGUAGAUGGGGGUUUACUUACCAACGUCAAUCA